GAAGGGAUGUUCGGCCUGCCGGAUGACGGGCCGCCCGAGCCUUAAGCAUGCACCCUGAGGACGGGUGGACCAAGACGGUGUCUGCUCAGGAUCAUCUGGACCCGGCCGAGCUCAGCAAACACGAUGGAGGCGUCGGUUCCCUUCCACAUCUAAUGAUGAGUAAGAGUGAGAACAGGUCGGUCCCUGUGGCCCUCACCCCCCAGCUACGUCCCAGACUUCACCGGCCCCUGUGUGUGUCGGUGUCCUCCGACAGCAGUGGCCGGUUCAAAGCCCUGGAGACACAGGAAUGGAAAAACAACCUUAAAGCUCAGAUGGAGCAGGCUCACAGUGCGGGAGCUGCCAGCAGCACCGGAUCUCUCGAGCGAGCGUCCCUGUUCUGCGUCUCGGCCUCGACCACAAACGGCAGCUCCAGCCUGCCCAGCCCUGUAGAGAUCCUCCACAAAAGCAAGAUGUCCAACCGCUUCUCACUCUUCUCCCCACCUUGGAACAGCAGCUCAGAGUCUGACUCGACCCCCCUGACUCGCUCAGGCUCUAAGAAACUGCGCAAUUAUGGUAGGAGAGCUGUCACCGUGCCAACUGGACUCAGAGUCCUCGAUGCACCAGACCUCAAACCCAGUAGCCUUGAACAUUUCCAGUACUCCGAUCCUGUCAUUUCCAAAGUGACGGAUUACAUCUACGUGGGUAAUUUGAAUGCUGCGUACAACGGGCGUACUCUGUGCCGCAACAACAUUGACAGCAUCAUUGACAUGAGCAGCGUGCCAGGAGAAACGCGGCUCUCCCUCAGUCUCAUACCCUGCACAUGCUCACGUGGUGCUCGGCACAGCUGGUCCCGGCUUAAGGUGGACAUUGGAGACAUGCCGGACAACACGGGGGACAGACCAACGCUCAAGGACUGCUGUUUUGAGGACAUCAACGAGUGCAUUAAUGCCUCCACAGAGAAGAGGAAGCGUGUUCUCAUUCACUGCCGGGAUGGUUUUUCUCUGGCACCAACAUGUAUCAUCCAGUAUCUGAUGGUGAAACAAAACAUGAAGCUAAUCACUGCUUAUGAGCUGCUGAGAGCCAAGUACCCCGUCAACAUCAAAGAGUGUCACCAAAAUGUCUUGGUGAGCCUGGAGAAAGCUCUGAGGCCCCGAGGCAACGUGGACCCCCAGUGCUUCAAACAAGCAAUCUCACGCAAGGUGGCGUGGACCUGACCCGGUGCCUCCAGCUUUCUUCAGUCUUCACUUGUAUAUUUUCCAAAGAGCAGGAAGCAGGUGGACCUUCCUGUACGCUGGUGUUCUGGAUUUAAUUAGUUUCUUUUUGUUUUGAGUGGUAACAGGAUUUUGAUGUGUUUUUUUAUUGUUCGUGUUUUGCAGAUCUGUGGAUGUGGUAAAGCUGUGAUUU